UUCGCAGACGACAGAAGUUCUGGCUGUGUAUUGAUCUGUGUGCACAAACAUUGUUUUGUUUACUGACAAGCAGUCUGUGUAUUUACUGGUGGAAUUUAUCUGUGCCUACGUUACUUUCCUGGAUCGUUUUCUGUAAUUACGAUGCCAAAAGUAAUGGAGAGAAAGAUAUAUUAUAAAGAGGAUACACCACUGUUGACAACAGACAAAACAAAAAAUGAAAAAAAAGAAAUGGAAACCCAGAUUGAAAAUACAAAAACUGAAUUACAUUUACUUGAGGAGUCUAACAAUAAAAGAGAACCAGAGAUUCAGGGACCAGAGGGACAAGAAAUGACUGUGGAACUGAAAGAGAUAACAAAUGUGGAUGAGCAGUCACGUUCAUCAUGGAAGGAAACCUCAUCCACAAAAGUUGGAAAAACAUCAAAACUUAAAAAAGAGGUUGAUGCUCUUAUAGAAAAAGAAAUAGAAAAAUGCUGUCUUACAGGAAUUUCAAUACUUGAGCAAAGUGUGGCAGAACUAAAUGAUGGUACUGCCAAACUGCAAGAUUACAAAAAUCGGUUUUCGGAGGUGAACAGAAAAUAAAUUAAGAGGAGGAGCAUUUGAAGUGAAAUACACAACUUGUUAUAAUUUAAGAGAACCCUCAUAGAUACAUAUAGUGUCACGUAGUCAGCUUCGUCCCCUUCAGCAAAAGUAUGGGUUUACUGACAUAAGUCUAAAUUCCACUGUCAUCACAGAUCAAAAAGCUCAGCCAUCUGAAGUGUUUCACAGUUGUGUGUUAUCUGCUAUUAAUAUUCAUAAGCUAUUGAUGUUUUAAUGCUUUAUAAAAAUAUCAGUUCUGGAAUAACAGAAUGCCAGAUGUCAGAUGUCAGAUUCAUCAGGUACCUUUAAGCUGCAGUCAUACUUAAUGCUUUAAUAACUUAAAUGUUUUUCAUAAUUCACUAGUGAAACUGAAUUUAUCAGGUACUUUCCUUUGGAAGUGAAAGACAUCAUAAAUCUUACCAGGUGUUUCUUUUUAGAAAUAUUUCAAUUAAUUCCUGUCUUCAUAAAAAUUAGUGUAACAACACACAUUUGGUUAAAAAUUAUAACUGUAUCCAUAACACCAUUCUACUGGCAACAGCCACAACCUCUGUCUCAACUGCAAAUUUUACAAUUUUUACAUGUUAGCCUAAAUGCUGCUAUAUUCAAAGAUGCUUUAUUAUCCUAACCACAUCAGCAGAUUAUCAGUGUGUUUCUUCCAAUUCAAUUUAUUAUUAGUGCACACACCCAGUAAUUUUUAAUAUUCUGCCUUAGCAAAAGACUUCUGUUCAAAGUCUAUGUAUAUCUAUGGUGUUAUGCCAUUUACUGUACAAAAUUGAGUGUACUGUGUUUUCUCAAAAUUUCAUGAGAGUCCAUUUGCAGAGAACCACUUAAUAAUUUUCUGAAAGACAUUAUUUACAAUUUCCUCAUCUGAUUCUUGUUUGUUGGGUAUGAUUACUAUACUCGUAUCAUCAGCAAAAAUAACUAGGUUUCCAUCUUCAUGAAUAUAGAGCGGCAAACCAUUGAUAUAUAUUAAGAACAAAAGGAACCCAAGACUGAACCCCGUGCAACAACAUUCUUGACGCCUCCUCAGUUAGAGGUCUCUGCUGAUUUUUGCAGACUAUCUGUACUGUUAAUUUAAACCUUCUGCAUUUUUCCAGUUAGAUAUGAAUUCAAACAAUUGCGCACUGUCCCACUCAGUUGCCCUGGUUCCCUUUUAACAAUAUUCCAAAUUGCUUUAAUUUUAUUGUCAGAGGUGCUUAUCUCAAACAUAAUGUACACACUUCUGAACUUUUCAGUAACUUUCCUUAAUACAGUUCAGUAGUUUUUAUAAUGUUUCACUGUUUCUGGAUUAUUACUCUUUCUAGCUGUAAGAUACACUUUUCUUUUUUUUUUACUAGAAUUUUUAUCCCUUUAGUAAGCUAUGGAUUUUUUGACAGUUUCUUACAAUUAAAUUUCACUGUUUUCUUAGGGUUACUAUUUUCAGAUAUAUUCACAAAAGUAUCAUGAAAUAGGUCAAAUUUUAAAGUAUCCUCAGGUUCCCUGUACACCUCAUCCCAAUCCAACUGUUGGAAGCUUUCCCUGAAAUCUGCAAUUCUGAAAUCGUUAAUUGAACACACUAUUUUGGAGGAAUGUAUUGAAUUACUCUUUGAGUUAUGUCAUAUACUAUAACUAGCUGUGCAUCAAGAUCAGACAGACCAUUCUUAAGAGAAAAUUUAUCUUGGUCUUAAAAACAUUAUCUAUCAGCAUGCUGCUUUCCUGUACCACCCAAGUAGGAAAAUCAAUGACUGAUGUCAAAGUGAAAGAACCAAGUAAUAUUUCAAGGUCAUGCUUUCUACUGGACUUUAUCAGUAAAUCUGCAUUGAUAUCACCACAAACUAUAAUUUGCUUCCCUCUGUCUGACAGAUAGCACAACAAAAAAUCCAAGUUUUUCAAAAAUAACUGAAUAUUUCCCAGUGAGGAACUAUACACAGCUACAAUUAUAUAGGUACCAUUAUUUAGUUUAAGCUCACACACACAUUCUUCUAUAUGUUGCUCCACACAAAAUUUUUUAGUUUCUAAAUUUUUCACACUAUGAUAAAUUUUAACAUUGGCAUCUCAUCCCAUUGGCUCUGAAAGUGCCAGAUGGCCAACCACUUCUGAUAGCCAGCAUGGGAACCUACCACUCCCUCCUUACUCUAUACAUACUGCAGCGCUACUACAUUUACUUCACAUAUGUGAAAUAGCAAAACUGGAAAUAAAAUAAAAUGCUCUCAUAUCGGAAAAUCAGACAGUGACUGCAUUAACAAUGUGCUAUGAAAAUAGCCUGAUAAAGAGCAUGGAACCGAAAUAAGUUUGUAGCACGUAAAAAUAACAUUGUAUAAAAGGUCUUUGAAUAUAGCAUUGUUUUGGCUCAUGAUGUGUUUCUGAAAAUAUUACUGGGAUGCCAGAAACUGUGUGCUUUAACGUUCUGUAAAUAUUUUAUUGUUUUUGUUAUUAUUUUAUUACUAUUAUUAUUUUCAGAGUAAUCAUUUGUGGAGUUAUUAAUACUUUCAUGUUGAUACGCAGUGAGAGUUAAAUGUAUUAUGGAUUAAUUUGCAAUAAACCUAUAUGAGACAGCAACAA